CCGACAACAGGUGUAGAUACCGUCGCCAUCAUCGCCAUCGCAUCUUCCCCAUCAGCCCACGUCCUCGAUUUAGGAAUCCUCAACAAUGCCACCAAAAUCGGCGGGAAGAUCGCCUAAAAGGGCACCCAAGAGAAUGGGAAGCCUCAGCUCAUUUCAGCCGACACUCAACUUUCCUAAGUUGGCUGAGAGCGGUCCGGCGUCGGUGAGGGUUGCCCCGAGAAAGGAAGAAGAUGCCCGACGCAUGCCUCCCCCAUCUCUUCCCAAACCGCAAGCCGGCGCGAGAAACAAAGGGAAAGGCAAGGCUAAAGUCGAGCCUAAUGACAUGAUGGACGAGGACAUCAUAGAGUUGAUCGACAGCGACGACGAUGAGCCGAGAAAACGUUCCUUAGAAGAUGAGCAGCCUCGACGGCCUGAGGCCAUGUGGUCGGAGCUGUAUGCACCAACCAUGCAGAGCGAACUUGCACCGGGGAAGGCUCGGGUGGAGCGAGUUCGCGAUUGGCUAUGUCAAGCGGCUCAUGGGAUGUCUGACGCAGCGUUCGUUCGAGGAGAGCGACCAAAUCAGAUGGUGCGCGACCGCGUGCGCAAAUAUCGGAGGAUCCUGCUCGUGACUGGGCCCGCGGGAAUCGGGAAGACGACGACAGUGCGGCUGCUCGCUCGAUCUCUUGGCGUCGACCUCGUAGAGUGGACCGACAGCGUCGACGAGCGGGGACUCGGCGGAAGCGACGUAGAGUCGAGCCUCAACAAGCUUACCUCAUACCUGUCGCGCAACUCAUAUGUGCCAUUACCCACUGACGGACUACUCCGUCCGUCGCGACCACGCGUGCUCCUGAUGACCUCGCUACCGAACCUUUCCUAUUUGCCCACGCGUGAGGGCUUUCAUACCGCUAUACUGCAGUUCUGCGAGACUUACACCCCGACGGCGUGUCCGCUCGUUAUCGUUCACAGUGACGCCGGAGCCGGAGGGCGAGCCGAGGAGAGCUGGCGAGAGCGUGAUCGAGGCGGGCUGGAAACCGCGGCGGAUCUUGUGGGCCGAGAGGUGCUGAACACGCCAUGGUGUGCGGAAAUAGACUUCUUGCCUUUAGCUCCCACGUUUCUGAAGAAGGCACUUAAUCGCGUCCUCGAGCAGGCUAUUGAAGAUCCUGCGCAACGUCCAUCGCCCGCAGCGGUUCAGCUGUUAGGUUUGUCAUGCAACGGCGACCUCCGAUCUGCGAUCAACUCGCUCCAGCUGCUGUGCACGGGCCGGUCACUAAAAACGCUAAAGAGACGCAAGACAGGAAAGCAGGAAAAUCGGGGGCGAGCGACAGGCAAGGGCAGUCGCGGCGGCCGAGGUGCCAAGGUCGACGUUAGCGAGGAGGUCCGCGCUGCCCUCGACUCUGUUAGUCGACAGGAACAAUCCCUCAACUUGUUCCAUGCUUUGGGCAAAGUGCUUUACAACAAGCGGCUGGGAGAUCCGAACUGGGAGAAGGAGGACGAGGAGGCGAAACUGGCUGUUGAGAAGUUGUCGCCUGACGACCCGCUCCCUGACCACCUGAAUGCGUUCGAGAGGCGCACAUCGAUGAUACAGAUGGAAGUGUUGACACCCACAAUCCCUGUCGACGCGUCUACUUUCGCCCUCUGGAUCCACCAAAACGUUCCCUCCUUCUGCACGGAAAUCGAGCAGCUAUCGGCCAUUCUAGAUGACUUUUGCUUCGCCGAUCUCAUGAGGACAGAGGACGAUAUCUGGCAGUCCAGCCCACAGGCGAUUUCACACGCCUUGCACUUGACAGUGCGAGGAACCCUCAUGGGUCUUCCAUCACCCGUGCCGCGGUCCAACCAGAAGGUUACGAAGCCACUGUUCUUUGAGGCCUUCCGGAACGAGCGAGACAACGGCAAGCGACUUGACGAGGCUGCUGCACAUAUGGCCAAGAAAGUCAUAGCCUCAGGUACAGCUGUUGCGGACGGCACCCUGGACCCCGAGCAUGGUUUGGCAUGGGGCGGCCUGCUUUCCAAGCGGACGUUGGCGUGCGAGGUCAUCCCAGAGGCCAUUAGGAUCCAAUCCGCAGGCAGGCGCCUUUUGCUCCCGCGCUCAGUACAGGAGCUAACAAUGCCUCCGUACGGGGCCUCUGGUCUGGCAGGUGUCGUCGGUGAUGCGCUUUCUGAACGAGACGUGACGGGUGGGGAGGAGUAUGGAGACGCGAUUACAGGAGAAGACGAACUGGGCGUGCCUGAUGGCCAGGGAUGGGAGGUGUGGGAUGAGGAGAUAGCCGAUGGAGGGUUGGCUGAGGAUGAGGCGCUCAAGGAGGACGAUAUUGAAGACUGGUCCGACUAGAGUAUGUACUGUAUGCACUGGGCAACCUGAGCACUUGCG